CCCUCCCCAGCUGGCCAGCAACUGAUAACCUGGGUCUAGUGUCCUGAGCCACUUCCCCCAAAAGGGCGAGGUCCCUGGUCUACUCGCUGGCACCCACUGGGACCCUAGGCCUGGCUGGAGUCCUGGGACACAGACAAGCGGCUCAUGGCUUGGGGCGGCGGCCGGAACCUCUCCGCGCAGGGGCCGUUCAUCCUGCUGGGCUUCCCGGGGCCGCAGGGCCUGCGCGCGGGACUCUUCGUGCUCUUCCUGGUCGCCUACGCGCUCACGGUGGCCGGGAACCUGGCCAUCAUCGCGCUGGUCGGCGCGCACCGGCACCUGCAGACGCCCAUGUACUUCUUCCUGUGCAACCUCUCCUUCCUGGAGAUCUGGUUCACCACGGCCUGCGCGCCCAAGACCCUGGCCACGCUGGCCCGGCGCGGCUCAGCCAUCUCCCUGGGCGGCUGCGCGGCGCAGAUGUACUUCGUCUUCGCGCUGGGCUGCACCGAGUACUUCCUGCUGGCCGCCAUGGCCUACGACCGCGCGCUGGCCAUCUGCCGCCCGCUGCGCUACAGCAGCCUCAUGACGCCCGGCCGCUGCGCGCGCCUGGCCCUGGGCUCCUGGCUGGGCGGCUUCUCCGCCAUCAGCGCGCCGGCCGCCCUCGUCGCGCGCCUCUCCUUCUGCGGCUCCCGCGUCAUCAACCACUUCUUCUGCGACACCGCGCCCUGGAUCGUGCUGGCCUGCGGCGACACGCGCGUCGUGGAGCUGGUGUCCUUCGGCAUCGCCUUCUGCGUCAUCCUGGGCUCCUGCUUCAUCACGCUGGUCUCCUACGCCUGCAUCAUCGUCACCAUCGUCGGGAUCCCCUCCGCGGCGGGGCGGCGCCGAGCCUUCUCCACCUGCUCCUCCCACCUGACCGUGGUCCUCCUCUGGUACGGAUCCACCAUCUUCCUGCACGUGAGGACCUCGGUGGAGAGCUCGCUGGACCUGACCAAGGCGGUCACCGUGCUCAACACUGUGGUCACCCCGGUGCUGAACCCCUUCAUUUACACCCUGAGGAACAAGGACGUCAAGGAGGCUCUGUGGAGGUGGGUGCGGGGGAAGGGAGCCCCUGGGAAACCCACGGGCAGGACUGGGCCAUCUGGCCGUCCCCUGUGUGGGAGCCAGUUCUCAGCAUCAUCGUCUCUGUCCGGACUGCGAAUAGCACCCUGAUAUCACAGGGUGGUCAGGGGCUCUGGGGUGGCAGGGGGCUUUGGGCUGGGUGCGUGGCAGUGUGGAGGGCCCCCCAUCCCAUCCUGGCCUC